CCAGGGUGACCACUACAGAUGUAUAUCAUGUUUGUGGACAGUCUGACUGUCGCUGAGUAUUUUGCAAAGACAAACGAAGAAGAGGAAAAUGGCAGAAGUAGCUCCCGCUCCGGCUAAAGUAGCCAAGAAGAAGAGCAUGAAGCCGAAGAAGGCCGGUCCCAGCGUGUCCGAGCUGAUCGUGAAGGUUGUGGCCACCUCCAAGGAGCACAGCGGCGUGUCCACUGCUGCCCUGAAGAAGACUCUGGCCGCCGGAGGAUACGAUGUGGACAAAAACAAGUCCCACGUCAAGACCACCAUCAAGAGCCUGGUGACCAAYGGGAUAGGCACGUUCGGCUCGUUCAAGAUGAACAAGCAGGCCGACAGCAAGGCGAAGAAACCCGCAAUGGCCAAAAAGCCCAAGAAGGCGGCAGCAGCUGCCAAGAAGACAGCCAAAAGCCCCAAGAAGCUGGUGAAGAAGGCUCCAGCUAAGAAGGCAGCUCCUAAGAAGAAGUAA